AUUCAACUAUGAUGGACAAUAAUACAACAAUGUUGGAGAAAAAGUUCAAUAAUUGUUUCGCAAAUAUGACUGAAAGAAAUACCACAAUUAAAUUACUAUCAACAGCAGGAAUGCAAAGUUGUAUUGAUGCUCUCAUGGAGGAUUUUGUAAACAUGGAUAAAAAUAUUGAAUCACAUCUUACCACUUAUAGAAAAUACGUUGAUGAUAAACUCAAUGGAAUUUCAGCAUCAUGUAAAAAUAACACCAAUAUACAAACAUGCAUUGUCCUUGCAGUUCCAUCAGUUAUAAAAAUAGCUAGUGAUUACUAUAUUCACACUUUGGUUCUCAAAGAAAAGUUGGAUAUUUUUGUAUUUUCAGCUCCAGGAAAAUUAAUGAAAUGUUUUACUGGAUCAGUCAAUGCUUUCAAAAAAGUAAUGCAUUCAAAAUUAGCAUCUGAUGGAUUCAUUGAUAAUGAAAAUAAAAAUAAAACUACAUAAACAUUAGACACUAGUAUAAAAUAAAAAAUAAAUAUUAAUCA